AUGUUGUGCGAGACUUGUGGACAGACAUUCAGCACCAGCAGUAAUCUUCACCAGCAUACCAGAGAGAAACAUAGUGAUCAUGUAAAUAGUUUACAGUGCAGUUAUUGCCAGAGACCCUUUUUGCGAAGAUUUAAUUUGAAAAGACACUUGACUUCAGUUCACAAACUAAAUAGUGAACAAUUAGAAGCAGCCAUGCCCUCAAAGCGGAGACGAGUCGAGCGUGAUGACUUCUUUGAAUCCAGGAAACCUGUCUACGUUCAUAGCGACUUGUACGAAGACAUUUCGUCAGAUGAGAACGAUGAGACUUACUGUGACGCGCAAGAGACUGAUGUGACCAAUGUGGAUUAUCUCGAUGAUAUUUCUUUCGCAUCAGAAUUGCCGGAGAUCGACGAAUCUCUGGUAGAAGACAUUCUCCAUAAUUGUGCAGAUUUUACUAAUGACCGGAUAGUCGAGAUGUUGGAAGACGAGUCGGCGGACACCCGGGAGGUUAUAUCUAUAGACGAGGACAGCCAACCAGAAACGAGUGCUUGUGACAGUGAUUGUGACAGUGAAAAUCAGGACACUAAUCUCACGCAGAAAUCAACAAUUUGUCUGGUGUUACAUAAGACUGUGAAACGCAACCUAGAUGGUACGGAAGAAAUAAGCAGAGACUCUCAUAUCGUGUAUUCAGAAGAUCUUAACCCUGAUGAUAUUGACUUUCCAAAUGUAGCUAACGAAAUACUGACGGAGGUGCCGAAACAUUUUGAAGACGGCCAUGUUCGGAUUGUUAAAGGCGACAUUUCCCUAUGA